AUGGAUUCACAUCUUGAUCUACCAAUCACUCUGAAGGCUUUUCAGUUUCGCAACUUUGAUAAGAAUACGAAUGCUUCUCUUUCGAACCAUGAUGUUGAUGAGGUUCUUUUCUUGUUCUAUUUCAAGCACAUGAAGCCUCAGUACCAAAUCUGGAGAUCAACCAAGAUUACUACUGUCAUGGUAGUUGGGCUAAUUGAAACAGAAAGCUUCCUUAAUGCUCGUUGUAAAACUGCUCGAGGUGAUGUGAGUUUGGUGUUUGAAUUUACACUUGCAGACCUAUCGUGCCUUAAUCCUUAUGACUGGAUAUCUAUGUUACAUCUCUUGCUAAAGGAUGAACAAAAGUAUGAACCUAUUAUGGCUCAUCUCAAAAGGAUGUUGGUCUCAUACAUCCACAAAGUCAGCAAAAUGGAUGUAGAGAUAGCUGCAGUACUCUGA